AUGACCUCAAACAUCGCUGAGUCGCUCAACUCAAUAUUGCGCGAUGAAAGAGAGUAUCCAGUGGCAGCCAUUUUCAAUUCAAUUGCACAUAGAUUUGGAGAAAUAUUCAGGAAGAGGUAUACAGAGGUGGACAAUUCAAAAACAACCUUCAUGCCCAUAGCCGAGAUGAUCUUGAGGGAAAACAUGACCGAGGGGGACAAAUUAUAUGUGAACAACAUAAACAGAAGCACCAAAAAAUUCACCGUGCUUGGCUAUGGUCAUACAGCAAAAGUUAAUCUUUCAAGACGGUCAUGUUCUUACAGAAAGUACGACUUAGUGAAAUUGCCAUGCGCUCAUGCAAUGGCAGCAUUGCGUUUGAAGAACGGGGAUGAAUACGGCACUAGCAUUUCCAACUACUCUUCACAAAUAUAUUCAAAAGAAUCAUACCUCCUUGCAUACUUGGAACCUAUUUGUGCAGCAUCACUUGAGUUGGAGUGGAAUGUGGCAGGAGAGUAUCUUGAAAUGUAA